UUUCCGAAAGACGGGUGUUGGGGGGGAGGAAAAAAAAAAAAAAAAAAAAACCCCACAUGUUUAUACUUCUGGAAACUGAAGAUGGCGACGGCGAUUUACUUGGAGCAUUACCUCGACAGCAUUGAGAAUCUGCCCUGUGAACUGCAGCGGAACUUCACUCUGAUGCGCGAUUUGGACCACAGGACCGAAGAGAAGAAAGGAGAGAUCGAUCAGCUCGCUAAGGAGUACAUAGCAAAUGUGAGGAGUCUGGCCUCGGAGCAGAGGGUCGAGCACUUGCAGAAGAUCCAAGCCGCCUACAGCAAGUGCAAGGAGUACAGCGAUGACAAGGUGCAGCUCGCUAUGCAGACGUACGAAAUGGUGGACAAACACAUCCGCCGACUGGACGCCGACCUGGCUCGUUUUGAGAACGAGCUCAAAGAAAAACUUGAAGUGAGCAGCUAUGAGAACCUGGAGCGGAGGACCCUAAAGAAAGGCACCCGAAACCUCAAGGAAAAGAAAGGGCCCAAGGGGAGAAGCAGGAAAGGGUCGGACGAUGAUUCACCGAGGAAAAAGAAACUCAAGAAUGGCCCAGAGUUCAGCGAGUCCCUCUUGGCGGUACAUCCGUCUGACGUUCUGGACAUGCCUGUGGACCCCAACGAGCCCACCUACUGUUUGUGCCAUCAGGUUUCCUACGGAGAAAUGAUCGGCUGCGACAACCCAGAUUGUCCCAUUGAGUGGUUUCACUUUUCAUGCGUUGAACUGACUACAAAGCCAAAGGGGAAGUGGUUUUGUCCUCGAUGUAUCCAGGACAGGAAGAAGAAAUAAAAUGUAGUCUAUCUUUAAAUAUGUAUUUUGUUUAUUCAGUAAUAUAUAUGUGUGUCCCUUUCUAAAUUGAUGAUUUCUUACAGCGGGUCAAAACAAAGAUUUUAUUUUUAAAUUGCUGUUUUAAAUACUUGAAAUAUGCGGCAGUCCUUAUUGUUCAGGUUGUACUAUUUGGCAGACAAAUUUAUAAUUCGGUUUUAAUAGCUCAUGAAUCAUGAGAGUACUGCCUCAUUUUUAUGCCCUUAGAAAAUGACAUUUUAAUUGUGGGCUCAAGAGAGAAAUGCAGCAGGGUCUUCUGUGUUUCUUCUGAAUUUCACACGUUACCUACCUCCUGGGCUGUGUCCUCUCACUAUUCCCUGAGUCCUGUUGGAAGUCCUAGAAGGCCAUAUGUUGAACUCAGCACAAGCCAAAAAUGUUCACUCACCAACUCCAUGUGGGCAGAAGCCGCUGCCCCCGUCAAGACAUCGGAUUUGUAUGAUAAAACCUCUGAUCGUAACUGUUGUGUUCUAUCAGUCUGCCUGUCUGAGCUUUUAUGCAAAAUGCCCUAGUGGUAUCUGCUGAGUCUAGCCGUUGUUUCGCUUUAAUUGUUGAACUGACUGGAAUGUAAUAGGGCGGUAAAUGGUUAGACCUUUUGAAAGGCAAAUGUAAAAGAAACUCUGACAGCAGCCUAAUUUUUGCACUUUAAGGAAACUCACCUAAGCUAUUGGAGCUCCCUCCAAUGAAUUACCCUUGUCUCAAAGGGAAUGGGUGUAUUUUAUUGCUGAUCAUUCACAUGGAGGGAGCAGGGGGUUGUUUCUUUAAUACUCCUAAGCAAGCUGCUGUAAAAAAAAAAAAAAAAAAAAA